GAUAAAAGGAGCUGCUUGGUGGCCUUUUCACCUCAGCCGUUUUCACAUUCUUGCUGCUUGCACAUCAGCAUUCUUCUGUGUGUCUUGAUACUCACCCGUUCAGCUGUUACUCUGGGUCCUGUGUGUCCUGUCGUCAGGCAUUGUGCUGGCUGCUAUUUGUUCUGAGGAGACUACUGAGCAGGCACUGGGAUACCUUGAUAUAUCGUAAGCCACGAGUUUACAAGCUGUAUGAGACAGGAUCUUCUCAACAUCAUUAUGCUGCCAGAGAUGGAGAUUGGUCUUGCUAUGCAGUUCAGGCUGGCCUUAAGCUCACUUUGUAGCCCAGGCUGGUCUCGAACUAGCAACAGUCCUCCCUCCUCAGACUCGCGAGUGUUGGGAUUACAGGCGUGAGCCACCAUGCCCAGGCAAUGGGAAAAAUUCAAGCUGGAAUUUUAAAUUAUUGGAAGUUAAUAAUGAACCAGAAGUUGCAGAAUGCAAUUCUGAAUAAAAAUCUUCAGAAAUUUUUCUUCAAACAGCAGAGGAAAUAAAGUUAAUCUAUUUUAAAACUUUAAGUUAGACUAAAAUAUUCAUGAUAGGAAUUAUACUGGCAAAAAUUUUUGUAGCUCUUAAUGUACCUGGAUGAAAAGAGUUGUCACUUUGUUUCUCAGAAGGACCUAUAUAUCUCUGAGGUUAUAUUAACAAUCAGUCAUUUUAUAGAAAUCUUGACAUGAUCACCAAGGACGACAAACGGAGCUGAAGACUGUGUAUUGGUCAAGAUGACUUCUGAAGAAAUGGCAGAUUCUGUUCUCAUCCCUGUGACUCAGAGAAAAGUGGUGUCUGCACAGUUGGCUACAGAUGAAAGUAGUGAAAAAGUCUCAGACAUCAGUAUUCCAAAAGAACAUACUGUCAGGCAGAGUGUGCAGACUUUGACCACUGUCUCACGGUGGAACAAAUUUAAAGAAGUGUCUUCUGGAAGCAGCUUGCCCAAGGUUCUCUCUGUAGCAAAGGAGAAAAUAGUGAAUGAUGAAAACAGCAAUGAAAAGUGCUACAGGACAAGCAUACCGGAUUCUGUAAAAAACCUUAACAUUGACUGCAACAGCAUAUUUCAAAACCAUCAGCAUGGCCUUCUUCAGAGCCAGUUUUAUGAAACACGCAACUCUGUCUUGGAGGAAGAAGACCUGUGUCUCAAAACUGGAUUUCCUUCUCCACUGGAAGGAAAGGUAUUCUCUGGAAUCCACCUGGAAAUAGAUGGACCUUCCAUAGACAUCAGUCCUUUAGGAAGUUACUCUGAGAUUACAGAAAACAGCACAACACAUCCUGACAGCAACAUGGCAGUAUUUCACUUUCAUUAUGAAGUUGACAGAGUGUCAGACACUUUUCAGACCCUAUCCAAAAACUUGAUUUUGGAUGACUGUGGGAAUUGUGUAUCGCUUCCUGAGGGGGAACAAAAGAAACAUUAUGUGGCAUAUACUCGCAAACUGAUGGAAUUGGCAAAGAACUGUGAUAAUGAGAAUGAGCAGCUGCCGUGUGAUUGUGGCACCUUAAAUGACAAAUACCUGUGCUAUGAAGGCUCUUGCCAGAAGGUGAACAUGCUAUGUUCAGGUGAUCGCUUUUGCAGGGAGGAUUUUACUGACAGUUCACCUGCCAAGACUUUUUUGAGCCAUUUUGAAAACUGCUCUGAUAAUUGUGAAGAUGUAGAAGAUUUUUUUAAAAGCAAAAAGGAGCGGUCCACUUUGUUAGUGAGGAGAUUUUGUAAAAAUGACAAGGAAGUGAAAAAAUCUGUGUAUACCGGGACAAGAGCAAUCAUGAGAACUCUGCCUUCCGGCCACAUUGGGCUGGUGGCUUGGAAUUAUGUUGAUCAGAAAAGAAAUGGUCUCUUACUGUCUUCUGAAAAAGCAGUGGAACCUCUGUCAAGGCUGGACAUAAGACGGGGUGGGAGCCAAUGUCUGUCAGUAGUGCAGUGGUACCCGAUCUACAAUGCAGUGAAAAGAGAAGAAGCAGAAAAUAUAGUUGGCUCUCUUCUCCAUUUCUUCACAAGGCUCCUGGCCCCUGAGACAGUCCAUGGAAGGAUUAGCAGUGGUCCGUGCUUAAAGCAGUGUGUCCGAGACCCUGUGUGUGAAUACCGCGCCACCCUCCAAACAACUUCCAUAUCUCAGUACAUCACUGGAUCUCUCCUAGAGGCAACCACAUCUUUAGGAGCAAGAAGUGGUCUUGUAAAUACUUUUGGAGGAUCCACUGGACGAAUGAUGCUGAAAGAACGCCCAUCAGGUACCUCUGUGGCCAAUUCGAAUGCCCUCCCUUCAAGUUCAGCUGGGAUCAGCAAGGACCUGAUCGAUCUGCAGCACCUCAUCCAGUUCCCAGAGGAAGUCGCCAGUAUCCUAACCGAACAGGAGCAGAACAUUUACCGAAGAGUCCUGCCAGUUGACUACCUUUGCUUCUUAACCCGGGACUUGGGCACCCCGGAAUGCCAGAAGUCCCUGCCCUGCCUCAAAGCAUCCAUCUCAGCAUCCAUUCUCACCUCACAUAAUGGAGAGCACAAUGCCCUGGAAGACCUGGUGAUGAGAUUUAAUGAGGUAAGCUCCUGGGUGACAUGGCUGAUCCUCACAGCGGGCUCCAUGGAGGAGAAGCGGGAAGUCUUCUCGUAUUUGGUACAUGUGGCCAAGUGCUGCUGGAACAUGGGCAAUUACAAUGCUGUCAUGGAGUUCUUGGCAGGCCUCAGGUCAAGAAAAGUUCUUAAGAUGUGGCAGUUCAUGGAUCAGUCUGACAUUGAGACUAUGAGGAGCCUGAAGGAUGCAAUGGCUCAGCACGAGUCCUCUUUGGAGUACCAGAAGGUGGUGACGCGAGCCCUGCACAUCCCUGGCUGCAGGGUGGUUCCAUUCUGUGGGGUGUUUCUAAAGGAGCUCUGUGAAGCGCUGGAUGGAGCCUCUGGAUUCAUGAAGCUCUGCCCCCGGUACAAUUCCCAAGAAGAGACCUUGGAGUUUAUAGCAGAUUACAGUGGACAAGAUAAUUUCUUGCAACGAGUAGGACAGAACGGCUUAAAGAAUUCGGAGAAAGAAUCCACUGUCAACAGCAUCUUUCAGAUCAUCAGGAGCUGCAGUCGAAGUCUGGAGAUGGAGGAGGAUGAUAACCCCAGCGAAGUGGACAGCUCUGGGAAGAAUUCCCUGAAGGAUAAAACCCAGUGGCCAUUUAUAAUUGGAGAUUUGCUGGAUUCAGAAAAUGACAUCUUUGAGCAGUCCAAAGAAUGUGACCUUCAUAGAUCAGAGGAGUCACAGAAGGCCUUCGACCAUGGAACAGAGCUCAUCCCAUGGUACGUGUUGUCCAUCCAAGCUGAUGUGCAUCAGUUCCUGCUGCAGGGGGCCACAGUCAUCCACUAUGACCAAGACACACACCUCUCUGCUCGCUGCUUCCUACAGCUUCAGCCAGACAAUAGCACACUGACUUGGAUGAAGCCCCCCAGUACCUCCCCAGCUACUACUAAAGCAAAACUUAAUGUGCUCAAUAACACAGGUGAGCCUGGCAAGUUCCCAUUGCUGGGCAGUGCUGGAUUAAGCAGCCUGACAGAGGGGGUCUUAGAUCUGUUUUCAUCAAAGGCUGUGUACAUGGGACACCCUAACAUUGAUCUACACACUGUGUGUGUUCAGAACAAACUGAGUAAUAUAUGUCUGUCAGAGACUGGUGUAACUCUGCUGUAUGGACUUCAGACCACAGACAAUAGAUUAUUGCAUUUCGUGGCACCAAAGUACACAGCAAAAAUGCUCUUCAGUGGACUGCUGGAGCUCACUAGAGCUGUGAGAAAAAUGAAGAAGUUCCCUGACCAAAGACAGCAGUGGCUACGGAAGCAGUACGUCAACCUCUACCAGGAGGAUGGUCGGUAUGAAGGCCCAACUCUGGCUCAUGCGGUGGAGUUGUUUGGUGGCAGAAGGUGGAGUACCCGGAAUCCCAGCCCUGGCACGUCAGCAAAGAAUGCCGAGAAGCCCAAUAUGCAGAGAAACAACACCCUCGGCAUAAGCACCACCAAGAAAAAGAAGAAAAUCCUCAUGAGGGGUGAGAGUGGAGAGGCAACUGAUGAUGAGAUGACGACCCGAAAAGCCAAAAUGCAAAAAGAAUGUCGAAGCCGGAGUGGUUCUGACCCGCAGGACAUUAAUGAGCAAGAAGAAUCAGAGGCGAAUGCCAUCAGUGGCCCUCCCAACCCCCUCCCUUCCAGAAGAGCCCACUCUUUGACCACAGCUGGGUCCCCCAACUUGGCUACCCCGACAUCAUCUCCCAUCAGGCCAGUCUCCUCCCCUGUGCUGUCUUCUUCAAACAAGAGUCCAUCCAGUGGCUGGAGCAGCAGCAGUUGGCACGGGCGGAUCAAAGGUGGAAUGAAGGGGUUCCAGAGCUUCAUAGUUUCAGACAGUAACAUGAGUUUUGUUGAAUUUAUUGAGCUGUUCAAGUCUUUCAGUGUGAGGAGCCGUAAGGACCUGAAGGAUCUCUUCGACAUCUACUCUGCACCCUGUAACCGAUCAGGCUCGGAAUCAGCCCCUGUCUACACCAGCCUGACAAUCGAGGAAAGUGCCAAUGACUUUCAGCCCGACCUAGAUUUGCUAACCAGAAAUGUCUCGGACUUGGGGUUGUUCAUUAAGAGUAAGCAACAGCUGUCUGACAACCAGAGGCAGAUAUCUGAUGCCAUUGCUGCUGCAAGCAUUGUGACGAAUGGCACUGGGAUUGAGAGCACGUCCCUGGGCAUAUUCGGAAUCGGCAUACUCCAGCUCAGUGACUUCCUGGUGAACUGCCAGGGGGAACACUGCACCUACGAUGAGAUCCUCAGCAUCAUCCAGAAGUUUGAACCUAACAUCAGUAUGUGUCAUCAGGGUCUGAUGUCAUUUGAAGGAUUUGCAAGGUUUCUGAUGGAUAAAGAUAAUUUUGCUUCAAAAAAUGAUGAGUCACAGGAGAACAUAAAAGAAUUGCAGCUACCCCUCUCCUACUAUUACAUUGCAUCUUCCCACAACACCUACCUCACUGGCCAUCAGCUCAAAGGAGAAUCCUCAGUAGAACUCUAUAGCCAGGUCCUCUUACAAGGCUGCAGGAGCAUAGAGCUGGACUGCUGGGAUGGAGAUGAUGGGAUGCCCAUCAUUUAUCAUGGACAUACACUGACAACAAAGAUCCCCUUCAAGGAAGUGGUUGAAGCCAUUGAUCGCAGUGCCUUUAUCAACUCUGACCUCCCAAUCAUCAUAUCAAUUGAGAACCACUGUUCAUUGCCUCAGCAACGAAAAAUGGCAGAAAUUUUCAAGACUGUGUUUGGAGAAAAGCUGGUGGCUAAAUUCUUAUUUGAAACUGAUUUCUCAGAUGAUCCAAUGCUUCCCUCACCUGACCAACUUAGGAGGAAAGUGCUCCUUAAAAACAAGAAGCUAAAGGCCCAUCAGACGCCAGUGGACAUCUUAAAGCAAAAGGCUCAUCAGUUAGCAUCCAUGCAAGCACAGGCUUACAAUGGGGGGAACACCAACCCCCCACCUGCCAAUAAUGAGGAAGAGGAAGAUGACGAAGAUGAAUAUGAUUAUGACUAUGAAUCCCUUUCUGACGACAACAUUCUGGAAGACAGACCUGAAACUAAAUCAUGCAGUGACAAGCUUCAGUUUGAGUACAACGAAGAAAUCCCCAAGAGGAUAAAGAAAGCAGAUCACUCUGCUUGCAGCAAAGGGAAGGUUUAUGACAUGGAACUGGGAGAAGAAUUUUAUCUCCCUCAAAAUAAAAAAGAGAGCAGACAGAUUGCACCAGAGCUUUCUGACCUUGUCAUCUAUUGCCAAGCGGUAAAAUUUCCAGGCCUGUCAACUCUAAAUGCAUCUGGCUCUAGCAGAGGAAAAGAAAGGAAAAGCAGGAAGUCCAUUUUUGGCAACAAUCCGGGAAGAAUGAGCCCAGGGGAGACAGCAUCGUUUAACAAAACAUCUGGAAAAAGUUCUUAUGAAGGAAUUCGGCAGACCUGGGAGGAAUCUUCUUCCCCUCUCAACCCAGCCACCUCCCUCAGUGCUAUCAUUAGAACUCCCAAAUGCUAUCAUAUCUCAUCACUGAAUGAAAAUGCCGCCAAACGUCUAUGUCGCAGGUAUUCUCAGAAACUGAUCCAGCACACCGCCGGUCAGCUGCUGAGGACGUAUCCCGCGGCCACCCGCAUUGAUUCAUCCAACCCCAACCCCCUCAUAUUCUGGCUCCAUGGAAUACAACUCGUGGCACUCAACUACCAGACAGAUGAUCUCCCUUUACAUUUAAAUGCUGCAAUGUUUGAGGCAAAUGGUGGCUGUGGUUAUGUUCUGAAGCCACCAGUUCUGUGGGAUAAGAACUGUCCUAUGUAUCAGAAGUUUUCUCCACUGGAAAGAGAUCUGGACAACCUGGAGCCUGCUGUCUAUUCUCUAACUAUUGUCUCUGGCCAAAAUGUGUGCCCUGGUAACAGCACAGGAAGCCCAUGCAUUGAAGUGGACGUGCUGGGCAUGUCCCUGGACAGCUGCCACUUCCGCACAAAGCCUAUCCACCGAAACACUCUGAAUCCCAUGUGGAAUGAACAGUUUCUGUUCCGGGUUCACUUUGAAGAUCUUGUAUUUAUUCGGUUUGCAGUUGUGGAAAACAACAGCUCAGCAGUAACUGCUCAGAGAAUCAUUCCACUCAAGGCUUUAAAACGAGGGUAUCGGCAUCUUCAACUGCGAAACCUUCACAAUGAAGUCUUGGAAAUCUCUAGUUUAUUCAUAAACAGCAGAAGAAUGGAAGAAAAUUCCUCUGUCACUACCAUGCCAGCCUCUUUGAUGUUUAAUACAGAAGAAAGAAAAUGUUUGCAGACUUACAGAGUCACAGUGCAUGGGGUCCCGGGUCCAGAGCCCUUUGCUCUUUUCACCAUAAAAGGAGGCACCAAAGCAAAGCAACUUCUCCAACAGAUUCUGAUGACUGAACAAAACACCAAAUUAUUCUCCACAGACUAUUUUUUGAUGGAAGAAAAAUAUUUUAUAUCAAAAGAAAAGAACGAAUGCAGGAAACAACCAUUCCAGAGAGUCAUUGGUCCAGAAGAAGACGUGAUGCAGAUUUUAAACAGCUGGUUUCCAGAAGAAGGUUAUGUGGGCAGGAUUGUCUUAAAAACUCCACAGGAAACUCUAAAAGAGAAGAGCAUUGUUCAAGAUGACAAAGAGGUGAUCUUGAGCUCAGAAGAGGAGAGUUUCUUUGUCCAAGUGCAUGAUGUUUCUCCAGAACAACCUAAAACAGUCAUCAAGGCACCCCGCCUCAGCACUGCCCAGGAAGUCAUUCAGCAGACCUUAUGCAAAGCCAAAUAUUCCUAUAGCAUCCUGAGCAACCCCAAUCCGGGGGACUAUGUGCUUUUGGAAGAGGUAGUGAAAGACACACCCAACAAGAAGUCUUCUGCUCCAAAGUCUUCACAGCGAGUCCUUUUAGACCAGGAGUGUGUGUUUCAAGCCCAAAGCAAGUGGAAAGGUGCAGGGAAAUUCAUCCUUAAGCUAAAGGAGCAGGUGCAGGCAUCUCGAGAAGACAAAAGAAAGGGUAUCUCUUUUGCAAGUGAACUCAAGAAGUUUGCCAAGUCCACCAAGCAGCCUCGGGGCCUCACUUUACCACCUCAGCAGCUGGCCUCAGAAAGUGUCCAGUAUAAGGAAGAGAAACCCGCGGGUGGCUUGACAUCCAGGGACACCGCUGAUUACCAACAGUGACUAAGGGCAGCAUGCUUCACCAGGUGAAGAUCUUUUGGCAAGAAGUCAAGAAUGAACAUGGCAGGAAGAAAUAGAAUUUAUUUUCAAUGGAGUUAAACUGGAAUGCUGACUUCUGAACUGCAACCUUCUUCACACAUGAUGAAAUGAAGUCCACGGUGAGGACAAGUGGCACAGCGCUAAAAGCUGCCAGCGACUUCCUGCUGGCAUGCAGGAGCAGCACAGGGGACCGCCGUUAUAAAUGCUGAGCUGGGAAACACCCCUAAGCGUGGCGGUAACUCUCUAAGAACAAGGUCAGCAAACUUUUGUCUGCAAAGGGCCAGACAGUAAAUACUUUAGAAUUGGAGACCAUAUGAACUCUGCUGUAAUUCUGUUGUGUAAAUUGUGUGUACUGCCAGAGGCCCACACUGACAAAAAGUACAUGAAUGAACAGAGCUGCAUUCCAAGCACUGAAAGUGGAAUUUGGACACUGAAAGUGGAAUUUCAUAUAGUUUUCUCGUCACAAAUAUCCGUUUUUUUUCAACCAUUAAAAUAUAUAAAACAGUCUUCUUAGUUCAAGGGCUCUACAAAAAUAGGUGGUAGGCUGGAUCUGAUAGCCCAAGGGCCAGAGUUUGCUGACCCAACUUAGAGAACUGGGAACAAGAGACACAGAGAUCUGAAAACUAGCAAACUACAUAGUGUAGCCUCUCAGUUCAUGGCUGAGAAGUAAAAGCUUUUGGGGCAUUGUAAGUGUAAUUAAGUUCUGUAAGAUUCAUUAAAAGUAAUCCAACAUAGUUCCUAUCCUGUGUACCAUAGUGCACUCUUAAGAUUCUUUUCACAUAUAGAAAAGAUACUGGGUUUUUUUUGUAAAGGUUAUUGUUCAUAUAUUCACAGAUUAUUCCAUUUUUGGUUUUCACAAAAUGAAUUUAGAACGAUGUUGUAAUGCCUUAAUAAAAAACCUAAUCAUUUUUUUAAAUCAAAAGUAGUUUUGUGGGGAAAAAAAGUAGUUUCGUGUUUAAAGUAGGUUUAUUUAUUUUGCAAGGUUUGUACUGACACUGUAUUUGUAUAUUUAUUAGCCGUACCAUUUUAAAUAUGCUUUCUGUGGAUUAGAAGCAUUAGUGAUUCUAUUUGAAGGCAAACUUAAAAUGUAUACUUGAACAUCUAAAAUGGGUUAGACUUUCAUGUAAAAUAGCUUCAUCUUUAUUUCUCAUUAACUGAAAAGCUGUGGACCCAAAUUAUAUUUGAUGUAAAUUAUUUUUUUAGAACUUUGCUGUACAAAACCCAUUUAAAUUCAAUGGAUUCUUCGUCUUGGUAUGAAGCAAAUUAUGACUUUAAAAAUGAAAUGUUUUCCUCUAAAGUAAAACCCAAACUUCCAUCUUUCCAUUGGGAUUAAAUUUUAAAACAUUUUUCUUAAAAUUAUAAAACACUUUAAAAAUCCUUUGAGACUUUUACCAAUUAUAAAAAUGAAUGUUUGUUUUGCUGUACUCUAAAAAGUGUCAAAUAUAUACAAUGUUAUUGAAA